AUGAAAGCUGGAGCCAUCUCUCCGACUGAAACUCCGGCGGCUCAUUUCGAGCCACAGGUUGCCAUAUUAUGCGAAUCAGGUUCGGGUUCCGAACAGCAAAAAACUCAGGCUUAUCACUCACAAUACAUGACCGAACAAGGGAAAUGGAUCACAGACAUAAACAACAAAGCCACUUGUCUCAAAGACAAAAUGGACAUAUUGGAUUAUUGUAAAAAGGUUUAUCCUAAGAGAGACGUCACGAACAUUGUGGAAGCAAGUCAUUAUUUAAAGGUUCCAAAUUGGUGUAAAGUCGGUCAUAAAAAAUGCAAAAUAUCCAGAUGGGUCAAACCUUUUCGAUGCUUGGAGGGUCCUUUCCAAAGCGAUGCGUUGUUGGUCCCGGAAAAUUGUCUUUUCGAUCACAUACACAAUCAAACUAAAUGUUGGGAAUUUUCUAAAUGGAAUUUGACGGCGAGUCAAAGUUGCCAAGAAAGAGAAAUGCAGUUGAGAAGUUUUGCCAUGUUGCUCCCGUGCGGUAUCAGUCUCUUUUCCGGAGUCGAAUUCGUUUGCUGUCCGAAACAUUUAAAAGACAAUAUGAAACCCAAAAAGCCACUCGAUGUCAUUCCGAUGCCCGUUAAAGAAGAUGAAGAAUCUCCCGACGAAGCAGAUGACGAUGAUGAUCAAAAUGAUGACGACGAUGACGAUGACGGCGAUGACGAUGAUCAAAUAGUUGAUGAUAACGCUCAAGAUGAUGCCGAAGAAAUGCAAGGAGACGAUCCGGGAGAAGAGGAUGAUGAUGAUGACGACGACGACGAAGACUACAGCGACGGAAGUGAAAGUUCAACGACUGCAAAACCCAAAUCCGGAUCUGGAUCGUCGUCGUCUUUACCUCAUCAUCGUACAUCAACUCCCAAAAGUGGACCGCCUACUCCGGACCCAUAUUUCACGCAUUUCGAUCCUAGAAUCGAACAUCAAGCAUACAAAGAAGCUCAAUUGAGGUUAGAAGAAUUACACCGCGAAAAAGUCACAAAAGUCAUGAAAGAUUGGUCGGAUUUGGAAGAAAGAUAUCAAGAUAUGAGAACAUCUGAUCCGAAAGCAGCGGAAGAAUUUAAAAAGCGCAUGACUCAAAGGUUUCAGAGAACCGUGCAAAGUUUAGAAGACGAAGGAAACGCUGAAAAACAUCAAUUGGUUGCCAUGCAUCAACAACGAGUAAUGGCACACAUAAAUCAAAGGAAAAAGGAAGCCAUGACCUGUUACACGCAAGCACUCAACGAAAAUCCUCCCAAUGCUCACCGAGUUCAAAAGUGUUUGCAAAAGCUUUUGAGAUGCCUUCACAAGGACAGACAUCACACAAUAGCUCAUUACAAACAUUUACUCAGUUCGAGUUUCGAACAGGCGGAAAGAGAGAAAAGCAUAACAUUGGAACAUUUGACCGAUAUCGACAGGAUGGUUAACCAGAGUUUGCAAAUGUUGCAAAGGCAAGUUGGUUUCAUUAAUCAAAUAACCGUCGUCAAAUCGAAUUUGGAUUAA